UUUCAGAUAUUUCAGAGUUAUUCCUGCUGCCGAGUUUGUGAACGAUUUCUCCUCCGAUAGAAGACAUAUGAAGCGACCAGAUGGAACUUGGAUUAAGCCGCCUCCAAACUAUCCAGCAAUCACUAAUUCAAGUGCUGACCAUAAUCUCGAAGAUUACAUUCAGAUGGAUCACAACAAAGGACCAGGCGAAGUACUAAAUCUCACUCAGUUUGUUCAGCGGUUCUAUAAACCGGCGACUUAAUAGAAUUAGAAAUAAGUUGGAGUUUACUGGUCAAUUUUUGGGAAGCUGGUGCCCAGAUGGUCUGGAGACAGUUUUUCACGUACAUAUAUUGGAUAUUCAAAUUUCUCUAAUUGCCUCUUCAUUUGAACUUUUCUAUAGCACGUUUCUCUCUUUCUCUAUCGCUCAAAAGCAAGCAUUUUCAAUGUUAAAUUUAUAAAUAUUUACUAUGAAAUAUAUGAUACAUACCACGUAUAACCAAAGUAAGGCAGUUACACUAUUUUCGUUGAUGUUUAGAUGGUAAUGCAGUUGCAAUUAUUUUUCAAAUUAAUUUUUGUUGCCUCGCAUAAAUCGCAAUUCAAAAAUGUCAAUUAAUUUAAAAAGGUGAGAGAGUUGUUUUAUUUUUAAGUAAAGUUGGAACUCACUUCUCUCGUGUGAAGUCGAAAUGUUUUGAAACGAUCUUUAGUAUGCAUUUUGUCUAUUAAAAGAUUUCUUAUAUAAGUUGGCCCGGUUUGCGACAUUGCAUUAUCAUAGAAAUAGUGUAUUGCCUGUAUCUAAUUUUAGAAAACAAUAAAUGUUGCUAGAAUUAAAGUGGAGGAGUAAUUGUUUCUAAAUGUGGAGUGUAAUGUAUUCUAGUCUCAUAUCAAAACUAAUUUGCGAAGCAUAUAUUUUUUGUUUUGCCUAUUCAAAAAUUAUCAAAAUUUAACAAAUUCAAUUAUUAAAUCCAAUUUGAAAUAAAUUGAUUUCUAAAACACGUGAAACUAUUUUAAGCAACCGAAAACACAGGGUGUUUAGUGGAUUAUGUACAUUUAACCUGCCUUUGGAGAUCUGAAUAAACGUUUUUUCCAGUUAAUUUUUUGUGGAAUAACCUUUGAUUUUUCAAGCAGUGCGCUCUAAGUGUUCAAUAUAUUUGAAUUACAUAUCUUAGUCUGGAUUAUGGUCUGGAUAUUUUGAAAAAGAACAUGUAUUGGACAUUUUCUGAAUUUUUCAGACAUUCUUGAAAUAUAUUCUAAAUAAUAAGAAACAAUGUACUUAAGUAGAUUUUAAAGUCUUCUUGUGGAAAAUGUUGCAUUAUAAUCGAAUAUUUUUUAAAUGGAUUUGCUAGUUUUACAUUUUACAUCAUGUGAUAUUAGAAUUUUUAGUAAUGUUAUUAUUACUGUUUUAGAGUAUUAGUAGUAUAUAAAAUAGUUUGGUUUACUUUAUUUGGCGAGUAGACAAAUCAGAUAAUGAAAACAUGAAUUGUUGCAGACAAUUAAUUGUUUUUACUUUAUGGCCUUUAAACGGUAGUUAAUAGGCGUACUUAAGUUUUGAAUAAAGUUUUUAGCUUUUUAUUAAAACGUGUAACCGUAACAAAUAUGUACACACACACAUUUGUAUUCGUUCGAAUAUAAAUAUUCUUUUUUCGUCACCAAAGACUGCAUCUUGCCUUCCAUUUAUACUUAUAGUGUGUUCGUUAAUACUGAAUUCGAGUUCGCUGAAUACUUUAAUUGUUUAUUAGAUGUGUAUAAUGCGUUUCUAUGUAUUUUCUUGUUGAUCUUUUAAAUAUUUACCUAUAAGGCCUAACUUGUAGUAUUUUAUAUGGUAUAUACUGUAUAUGAUAUGGAAAAUAAAGCUCGAUUUAAAUGACA